CGUCAACACAACCGCAUGGAGUCUUGACCAAAACGGACGUAUAUACUUUAAUUUUAUUUCCCUUUCUUUCCCGCGCAAUAGUACAGACUAAUAAUAUUCGUUUGACAAAUCAAAAAGUUUGCGACAGAAAAGUAUUUAUUCAAACGGUGCUGCUGAUGCCUUGUACGUGUAAAGUGACUUUUAUGUUUUGUGACAGUGAAAGUUUUAAUGUUCGAUAUGAAUGGUCUACUCUCGGAGCGAGAAAAGGCGGGAAAUGUUGACAGGCGCUCUGCCGUGGAUGUUGUGGGAGAAGCGAAAAGGGACCACGAGAGUACCACGCAGUGGCAACAAUCUGAUAGAGACAGGUUGUCAGCCUACCCAACCACAGAUCGAUCUUCACUUCUACGUUCACAUGCUGCCAAAUCAGCUGAAUGUAGCGGCCAAGGAUCCCCGAAAGCUAGACGGAUACCUAGAGAAUCCAGAAGAGUGUCUCUUGCACAGGCAUCUGGUUAUGUCCAGCUUAACCAGUACAGACUUUUGGAACCUAUUGGACAGGGUUCCUACGGCAUUGUCAAGUUAGCCUAUAGUGAAGAAGAUGACACUCAUUAUGCUAUGAAGAUCUUAUCCAAACGUAAGCUGAUGCGACGCGCUGGCCUCUUUGGUAGAACUCCACCUAGAAGACCAGGACCUGGUCCUCCACCGGACCCUCUGCAGAGGGUGUACCGAGAGAUCGCUGUACUGAAAAAACUGGAUCAUCCGAAUGUUGUGAAACUUGUUGAAGUUCUAGAUGACCCAGCAGAAGACCAGCUUUAUCUCGUCUUUCAGCUACUAGAAGGAGGGCCGGUGAUCGACAUUCCGACGGAGAAUCCCUUGAGUGAAGACGUAGCUAGGAAAUACUUUAGAGACGCUCUAUUGGGUAUUGAGUAUUUACACUUCCAACGCAUUGCCCACCGGGAUAUCAAACCUGCAAAUCUUCUUCUGGGUGAGGGCAGAGUGCAGGUGGCAGACCUAGGAGCUUGCGGAGAACUUGCCGGGGCUGGAAGACUAUCAGGAGCCGUUGGGACUCCAGCAUUUAGGGCACCGGAGGCUGUGGCCUCAGCUGAUAAAUAUAUUGGUGAAGCAGCCGAUAUUUGGUCAUUAGGCGUGACUCUAUAUGCUAUGAUCACGGGAAGGGUGCCUUGGGUGGCAGCUACAGCGACUGACCUUCAGAAACGAGUUCUUACCGAACCCCUAGCAUUUCCACCUCGACAACAGUUAUCUAGGCCCUUAAAGAGGCUGUUGGCAAGGAUGUUAGACAAAGAUCCCUUAACGAGAGCUACAAUGCAAGAAAUUAAGGAACAUGAAUGGGUAACGUCCUCGGGUCAGGAUCCUCUGCCCUCAGAGCAGGAGAACUGCCGACUGGUGGAAGUAACCGAUGAGGACAUGGCACGCGUCGUCACGUCUAUUCCAAAUCUGUCCACUCUUAUUCUAAUUAAGACGAUGCUCAAAAAACACAGUUUCCAGAACCCAUUCCUACGCAGUCGCGAGAGUAGCUCUCGUCGUGAAAGCGUGGUUGGCGAAGUAAGCGAAACUAACGCGGCAAGUGAAACGGGUGAAGCGGGUGCAUGCGGCUCGCGAGCUGAACGCGGAGCACGGCGCACCGCACUCGCACGUUCUGGACGCUCGCUCUCUGCGCCCGGAAACUAUCUCACUGACAAACAAACCUCCUUCGACAUCGCUUUAGAAUCCGUACAAGAAUCAAAAGAACGCGAAGUAAAACCGAACAAACUAGAGAACCGCCAAAAAACAAUCCAAAAGGAGAAACCAAGUCAAGAAGAGAGCACCACAAAAGAACGCAGCCAAAUAAGCAAUGCACCCACAGAAGAACAACAGCGAAACGACACCAGCGCAAAAGGGACGGCAAAUCGCAAACAGAACGGGAGAGAGAAGGAGAGGUGAUGCCGAGCGCCCGCGCCCUGCGCUCGACUUUGAGUCUCGUCGCGAGACCACCCUGACGACCUGUCGACCGAAAAAUCAUGCAAGCAAAGUAGAACCGUGUGUAUAAUCACUUUGAUUUACACAACUCGCUCAAGAAAAUAACCAUAUUAGUACUUAAUUCAAAAAAAAAUCUUUGGCGUUAUGUUUUUUUAAGAGUUUAUUUUAUUUGAAAUACUUAUAAUACUUAUUUUAUUAAGGACAUAAUCAUAUGACGUUCUAUACAAAUAUUUAUCUACCCGAUGACAGAAACUAAAGUUAGCUAUUUCGCAUUUUUAUUAGAUUUUUUUUCUAAUUUAUUUAAAUAGAAAGAGAUGUAUAUAAUUUUCGUCAUUGUAAUGCUCGAAGUACACGAGCCUAGAUUUUUAAGCUAGAAUAACAAGCUAGAUAUGUCCUUUAUUAGCCUGGCUUGCUGUCUUGGAGCAUGUUUUGAAGCAUAUUAAUGCUAUACAUUAUGCUACACAUGAUGAUUAGAUGAUGCUAAUUUUAAAACAGCUAUUGGAAUAAUUAAGGUGCAUCCGUCCUUGUAAAGUAAAUCCGUGAACUAAACGGAACUGCAUAUGUAAAAAAAACAAUUCGACUGAAAGAGUUACUUCGGAAAUUAUGCUAAUUCGCACAAACGAAUUACUUUGCUUUUAAAAGAACUUCGUCAUGAAUAUUUAAACGAGUAAAAGAGUGUUUUGAAAUUCAGUUAUGUCGGUUAGAAAAAAAACAUAACGUAUAGUCACUGCUCGCUUACCAAUUGAAUAUUAGCUUCGCAGACCACAUAAAGGCAGAAUACAAACCAGGAUAGGUAUUAUUAGUGGUAGUGGGUGCCAUUAGCUCUAAUAUAGAACCCCGUGAUAUUAAACUAACUUGAAAUGCUAGCUUACUAGCUUUCUCACUAGCUUACUAGCCUAGAAAUGAAGCGCGUCAUGUAUUCGGAGUUACUAGCUUGCUAUCUUCUUACUCUAGCUUAAUAUCUUGGCUUGCAAAACUAGCACCGUAUAUUCUAGGCAUUAAAUAUAAAAUAUAAUUUAAAUGCCAGUUGGGCUUUGGUUAGUGAUUCUGUUAAGUUUGUAGCGAUAAGGAAUAGAAAACUAAUGCGCAUUAAUUGAGAAAAAUUUAUAAAGGUUAAACGGUUAACAUUCGGAUUCUAAAUAUUCUAAUCUUUACUAGCACAAAUAAUAAAAUUUGUAAACGCUUUUUUUAAGAUAUCAACACGAAAUUUUCACUAUUGUAGAUUCAAUAUACAAUUCGACCUUUCAAAAAUUGUUAAGUCAAUUUUAAUUAUUAUAAAUAAUCUUACUAAAAUUAUGUAACAUUAAAUAUACUUCAAACGACAUGCUUUAAGAGAAUUAUUAUGCAUAGUGCAUUAUUUUUAGCUUGACUAUUGCUGGUAGUGGGACUUCGUUCUAGUUUUUACUCAGUCACCAUAUAUAUUCUACCACCAAAACCGUGUAAUCACAGCGAAUCUAAGUACGUGAACAGAUGUCUUAGAGGAAAUUUCGGUACGUUCUGACUUGAGAAGGUAAUAAACAACCAGCUGUUAGAACGCUGCAAUAAAACAUCAAUCGAGCCACAGACUCAGUUUCGCAAACGGAACUGGAUCGGGCACACCCUCUCAAAGGAAUCAGGUCUAUACCGCCAAAGUAACUUUGAAUUGCAGUCUUAGAGGAAAAAGAAUGCGUGGAAUGAAACAAUUCUGGAGUCGUGCCUUUUUGCAGCUGAAGUCAAAACCAUCAGAAAUCGUGUGAGGUGAAGGGUGAAAAUUAAUGAAUUAUUUCGUCUUAGAACCUAUUGUUAGCGGCGUAGGGGCGUAGUUUGAGGUUAAAUCCGGUGAUUUCAGGGACAAAACCGUGCCAGCUCGCGUUAACUCCCAUAGGAAGUGCGAUCCCUAGGAAUCGGUAUCGCCUUGGUAGUGCAGAAUCAAUUGUAAGUACUUAUCGAAUCCAUAAUAAUUAUUCGGUGACCUCAUAAAUCCGUAUAAUCAUAUGCCCAUCUCCAUUAUACAUAAUAUAUGCACCAAUAUAAGGAUAGUCAUCUUAAAAAGCUUUUCCUGGAUAAAAUAUAUUGACAAAACGAUUAAAUAUAUGAUAAAAAUUAUUUUAAUAUCUCUUUCAGUAGCUGGCGUUAAUUCAUAAGCAGUUUUAGUUCAGUUUUAGUCAUAAGAAGCAUGUCGUUUGGAGAAAAUUUUAUACUUAAAUAAUCACAAAGCUAUAUUUUUAUAAUCGAAUGUACAUAAAAUUGUUAUUUACUUAAUUGCUCUACUUCUAGCCUCCAUUAAGGGCACUUUACAUAAAUUUUAACUUUCCACCGUUUCCCGAAUUUUAUUCAAAGAUUUAACUAUAUAACACAAUGUUUCGUAGUAGAUAAUUCUAAAAAACGAAAAUAAAUAUUACAUUUUAAUAGCAUUUGUGUAAAAUUGAUUUUUAAAGCGUAUAAAAUAUUUAAAAUAUCAAGAGUAUAAAAUUUAUUAUGUUAUUUUUAAAUCCAUCUUAAUGGGUCAAAAAGUUAUGUUUUUUUUACAGAAAGUAUAUAAAACUAAACUUUCGAAUUAUGACGAUGAAGAAUAUUAUUACUAAUCUUACUAAACUUACUACUAUAUUUUUUAGUACGUAAUCAGGUUAUGACAUACGCAGACAUACGCAGUAUGUAUGAACAUACUAUAUAUGGUAUUGUAUAAGUUUAUUUCUAUUACCUAUUUAUACUUUUUGCAGUCUAUUAAAAAGAAUAAUAAACUUAAUAUAUUCCAUUGCAUAUAAUAAGGUAGUUUUUAGUUAAUAUUUUGAAAAUCACGAUAUUAUUAUUAAUUUAAAAUUCAAAUAUUUAAUAUAUUAUAGAUUUUAAUCGAUAUUUUUUUAUAAAUGUAAUCGUAAAUAUAAAUUGAAUGCUCAAAGCACGGCUAUAGCUCAUUAUUGUAAAUAACUAUCAUAGAUUACCAUUAUUAGAUAAUUUUAUCUCAAACAAAUCCUAACUUAAAGAACGAUUUAUAUAUUAUAGUCUAUGGUGUAUCAGUAUAGUGUAAUCUUAUAUUUUUGUUUUACAUAGUUCCUCUCACGACAUCGAGCACAGCACUGCCCAUUUUACCAACAAUUAUAAACAAUUAUAAACUCCAUCAAUAUAUUUGUAAAAAAAUAUAUAAACUAAAUUCUUAAUAUUUAGCACAUUUGAAACUUUUUAUUUCUUUAAAAAUGCUGCAUUACUAAGAAUAUAGUUUUUACAUUUACAUAAACAAUAAAAUUAUUGAAAGCUUGUAAUUAUUUACUUGGUUUGAAAGAAAUUCACCAUUUUAUUAAAAUUGUCGGAUAUUUAUUUAACUUCAGAGUCAAUGAAUCAAAGAUUAAUUAGAGAACACACAUAGGUAUUUAAAAGUUUAUUAUUUAAAAAUACAUAAAAUGAUAUCGACACAUCAUCAUUUAGCUGCUAUCACUUGCUUCUGUCAGUGUAAAAGGACGUUUGUAAAAUCGAAAUAUAUUAGGUCAAUACAAUCAAUUUUGAAUCGUACUAUUACAAGAUAAAUUAAAAGUAAAGUAAGCACCGAUAGCGAAUGUCUACCGAGAAGAAUAAGCAAUAAAAUCUGUAGUUAUUCUUAUUCAUCCAUAAAAUAUAUGUUAUAAAUGAUAAGUAUGUUCUAUUAAAAUUUUAUUACUUUAUAUUUUAUUCAUAAAUUGAAUAAUCAAAGAGUAGCAGUAUAUAUACAUUAUAUACCACGAAAACAACGGGGGGAAAUAGGAAUAUUAUAUUCACUAAUAAGGAAAUAAUCGGUGUAUGUCCUCUUCUGUAAAGUACGUAAGUUGUACAUACGACCCUUUGCAACAAUAGCAUUCAGUUAUAUUGUAAUUAAAUGGCUUAUGUUUUUAGAUGUAAUGUAAGAAAAAGACCAAUUUUCCCGAAAUUGUAGUCAAAUUCAAAUAACAAAACCUACUUACUUAAUAAUAUAUAUACUUGUAAUUUCACUUAGGAUAGUUUAAAAAAAAACCUUUAUACCUGCCAGCUUGUCCUCGAGCUUAGGCCAAACAACAGGGUUCCUGUAGUCGACCUAAU